AUGGCAUUUUUCAUGUGCCAUUUGAAUGGCCCAAAUGCUCACACACCAGGUCGGGCAGGGCGGCCGGACUUCAAAAGUGUGAUGAAUGCGACCGAGCAGUUCACAGUGCUGUGGAUCCUCUUCAUCUCCAUCGUGGGGAAUGUGGCCGUCAUAGCUGCCCUGAUGCUGUCCAAGGCACGGAAGUCCAGGACCAACUAUUUCAUCAUGCAUCUUGCCCUGGCAGAUUUAUCGGUGGGGCUGAUCAGUGUGCUGACAGACAUAGUCUGGAAGAGCACGGUCUCUUGGUACGCAGGAAACUUAGGUUGCAAAGCUGUCAGAUUUGCUCAGGUGCUGGUGACUUAUUCAUCCACGUAUGUCUUGGUGGCGUUGAGUAUAGAUAGAUACGACGCCAUCACUCAUCCUAUGAAUUUUUCAGGGAGCUGGCGUCGUGCCAAACGCCUCGUCCUUGCGGCGUGGUUCCUGUCGGCUAUAUUCGCCUCCCCGAGUCUCGUCCUCUUCAUGGAAACCUUUGUCGAGGGAGUGCCGCAGUGCUGGAUAGACUUCUCGGAGGCGUGGCAGUGGAAAGUGUACAUGACUCUAGUCUCCCUGACUGUCUUCGUCUUCCCAACCGUCAUCAUCACUGCCUGCUACACCAUCAUCGUCUACACCAUCUGGUCUAAGAGCAAAAUCAUGACAGUCAGCACCAAAGCCAUCCAUUCGAAGAAUGGAGAGAAGCGGAGCGCGAAUAACGAGGACGACUCGAGAAGAGCGAGUUCGCGGGGCCUUAUACCCAAGGCCAAGAUCAAGACGGUGAAGAUGACCUUCGUCAUCGUUUUUGUGUUCAUCCUGUGCUGGUCUCCGUACAUCGUCUUCGACCUCCUACAAGUAUACGGCUACAUUCCGCAGACCCAAACGAACAUGGCUGUUGCCACGUUCAUACAGUCGCUGGCGCCGCUCAAUUCAGCAGCCAAUCCAAUCAUCUACUGCCUGUUUUCGACGCACAUAUGCCGUAAUCUAAGAAGAAUCCAGUGGAUCAACUGGCUGGUGACGCACCUGUUCCCCUGCCUGGCGUGUGCCCAGCAGCCGGUGGAACCGAGCGGGCCGUUCCACCGGUACGGUACAGAGUACACAACGAUGUCUGAUGCCUCCAGCAGGCGCCACACUCUCACGUCUGUCAGGUACAACCCAGUUCGCCAGGGGGCGGAGCUGAACAAGGGACUGACGCAGACCACGACGACGGUGCACAGGGAGUACCUCGACACGGAGCUCCUGACCUACAAUACGAAGAGAAAGCACGACGCCUACAUCAGAGGGUCCGUGGUCUAAUCCCGACGAAGGGACGGAUGUCAGAUUUAUGUAUAUAUAUGUCAAGUUUGUGUUGACGCAUUUCUACCCAUGCCACUGGUUGCGUGUAUGUGUGUGUGGA